AAACUGUGAGAAAAAGUUUUAAAAAAAAGUUAUAAUUACGCACAGUAGACAAAUCACGGUCUCAUCCCAUACCACUGCCGGCAACCGCCGUUUAUCUUUACAAAUCGCGGCCUUACGUCGACGAUGAGAGUCAACUGGGACGAUUCUCCUGAAGAACCGCAACAGCCGAAGCAAGAUUCUAACCUCAAUUUCGACUUUCUUUCCCUUGUUUCCAAGCCCAAGGAUUAUUAUAAGAUAUUGGAAGUUGAUUCCGAUGCUACGGAGGAUGCAAUUCGCUCCAAUUUUAUACGUCUCGCGCUGAAAUGGCAUCCGGAUAAGCAAAAUGACGAUGGGAAUAGCGCCACUUCAAGAUUUCAAGAGAUAAACGAGGCUUACCAGGUUCUCAUUGAUCCAGUCAAAAGGAACGAGUAUGACAAGAUGGGGAUAUUGUACACAUAUGACUAUGACAUAAAUGAGUACCUUAACCGUUACAAAGGCCUUAUAUUAACAUGUAAUGGUCUUGGGGUUAGGCAGUCGAUUUGGUAAUUCCCUUCUGUUUAUUGUCACAAUGCUCAAACUAGAGGGACAGAUUUGUUGGUAUUACAAACAACGCUAUUGAGGAUGAGAACAAGCUUGAUACCUUAGAUAACGGUUGUGUAUAUGAAGUAGAGAAAUUCAAAUAAUUUGUAACAUCUUAUGCUUGUCUGACAAAUGAGGGUACGACCAAAUGUCCAAUGCUUGCUAGCAGCUUGUUAAUUUACUAGCGUUAUAGUCCUUAUUUACUCUUUAGGCUGGACCUUAUGAGCAAAUAUUUAUGGAACCAAUUUACUAUUACUAGCUACUUAAUGCGAUGGCGAUGGCUUUUUCUA